UGUGCUAAUGAGGAUUUAAUUUGGACCCCUUUUAACGAACUGGUCAUCGUUUAGUCACGCGGGUUCUUUUCAACGUUUUUCGGCGAGAGCGACCAGGCGUAAUAUGUGGAAACUUUUGCCCAAUCAUCUCGAACUCAUGCACGUAGUAAUAAACUUACUCAGGUGUGUCUUGGACUGAAUUUUUUUUUCUUAGCCUGAACUUGUGGGAAAGGAUGCUUGCGUGUAGCGUGAAAUAGCCAUUCUUUCUAGAGAUUUAUUUAAAAAUUCUGACAAUUUUUUUUCAGCAUAACAUAACCGAUCUUCGAGAGACUGUCAAGGCUUUUGGUGUAAUUUAAUUAUUCGCGGACUUUGAUGUAACAAGAAUGGAGAGGAAUAAUUCAAGCAUAAGCGCCCCGUGGGUUCAAAUCCAACAGAAAACAUUCACCAACUGGGUAAACGAGCAGCUCAAGCCUUCCGACAAGCACGUCGACGACCUCGUCACCGAUUUCGAAGACGGUUUAAUGCUGAUCACGUUGAUGGAUUCGUUGGUCGCGUCCAGGGGCCUGCCGAUGUACAAGAAACGCAGCAGCUACUGCAAGAACCCGAGGCUUCGUGUGCAGAAAAUGGAAAACGUUUCCCAUGCGCUUCAGAUGAUGGAAAGAGCCGGAAUCAAGAUGGUCAAUGUUGGGAAUGAGGACAUUGUUGAAGGAAACCUGAAGCUGAUCCUUGGCCUAGUCUGGCGCAUCAUCCAGAGGUUUCAACUGAGCAGCGGGGUGAGUGCAGCUGGGACCGGCAGUCUGGAAGGGAAUGCUCCUCCGCAACAGAAGAACAAUCAGAAGGUCCCCCCUAAGAAACUCAUGCUGAAAUGGAUUAACAGUGUGCUCCCGGAAGACGCAGGAGUGGUCAAAAACUUCUCAACGGAUUGGAAUAGUGGAGUCAUUCUUAGUGCGCUUCUGAACUACUGUGACCCUGAGCUGAUGCCCAACUGGCGUGAACUGGACAAGUCAAACGGUCUUGAGAACUGUCGCGAAGCGAUGCGGAUUGCCAAUGAGAAGUACAGUAUUCCAAUGGUCGUAUCCCCAGAGGAUCUGAGUAACAAACACAUCGACGAGUUGAGCGGUAUGACGUACAUCUCCUAUUUCUUGAAACACGAAGGUCCAGGUUGGUACGCAACGCUUAAUUGGGUGCGGAAGAAUGUCCCAGAGGAAGACGUACAGAAUUUCAAGUCUGAUUGGAAUGAUGGCCUUGUUCUUUGUGGCUUGGUGAAUGCUGUAGGAGGGGAUUGUUCAGACUGGAAAGAUAUGGAUCGAGACGACAAGAUUAACAACUGUCAUAAAGGAAUUGAAGCAGGUCGAGCAUUGAGCGUCGAGCCCACAUUGACAGCCACUGAGCUCAGCCAGCCAGCAGUGGACGAACUAAACGUGAUGGCAUAUGCCGCCGGGUUCCACAGGGCCAAGCCCGUCUCGGAAACCUUCCAGUCCAGUUUUGGAGCCGAGACAUAUGCUUCGAAAAAAACGACAGAUUGGGGAUUGUGUGCUAAGAUUGACCUGAGCAGAUGUACUGGUUUAGAUACGAACCCUACCGGAGAUGCACACAAUGCUACUACAGAUGUACCGGUGACUAUACAUGUGAGAGUAUUAGAUCAGCAAGUCUCCAUUGAAGACAUCUCGGCUCAGAUAGAGGCACCUGGCAGCCCUGUCCCCAUCAGUCUCAAAGCUCUGAGUACUGAACUGGUAGAAGUACAGUUCACCCCGCUUGAUGGGGGCAUGCACAAGGUUUCAGUAAGAUGUCGAGGAGAGAUGGUGAGAGGGAGCCCUAUCAAAGUCAACGUACAGAAAGACAUGUCAUCUUACCCAAAGAAUGUCAAGGUUGGAGGAAACGCAAGCGCUUUCAUCGGAGAAGAACUUCAGUUCCAAGUUGAUACACAGGAGGCGGGGCAAGGCGAUAUAAGCGUUGACAUCACCAAUGGCCACACCCGACUACCAGUCCGCAUUACAAGGGAAGGGCGUGUCUUUACUGUGCAUACCAGGGCCAAGGAUGUAGGCUCAUACGUGGUUGAUAUCAAGUGGAAUGGCCAGUCAAUAACAGAUGACCCAAUGAGGAUAUCAGUGAGGGAUCCUUCCAAGUGUAGAGCAAUGGGGGAAGGCCUGUCUAGAGCGAGGGAGGAUACACCGGCAAUAUUCACUGUGGAUCCCAUUGCAGCAGGGCCAGGAGAGCUGAGAGUACAGGUUGAAGGACCAAAUUCUAUGGCUAAAGUAAGCGUUGAUGAGAACAGGGACGGUACCUACACAGUGACUUACAUACCAGUGGAAGUGGGCCUUUUCACACUCAAGAUUUUCUGGUCGGACAAACAAAUACCAGGAAGUCCAUAUCACAUCAAAGUGACUGACCCUAGGAAGGUAAGGGUGGUCAAGAGCAGUAUCAAGAAUGACCAGACGGUCAACGGAAUGCACAAGAUGACCAGAAACAAAGAAUUCAAGAUCGUCUUUGAUACAAGCGAAGCUGGACCUGGUAUGAUGCAAGCAGACCUGGACACACCUACCAGUAGGGUCCCUCUUAAUAUUGAACCAGAGAUGCAAGGCAGACAAAGUGUUGCAUUCAUACCAGAUGAACAAGGUGAACAUGAGUUGAAAGUGACAUGGUCAGGGUUCCCGAUAAAAGGGUCACCACUCAAGCUCUACUCCAAGACAGAAGAGAUUCCAAUAGAUCAUACCAAAGUACAGGUGAGAGGAGAUGGGAUGGAGGUCGGCAAGGUCUUCAAAAAGACGGAGUUCAUCAUUGAUGGGUCAAAUGCAGGACCAGGUGUGCCAAGUGUAAGAAUGAGUGGUCUGGAUGAAGAUAUAAAUGUCACACUCACACAUCUUGACAACCACAGAUACCGAGCAACCUACACUCCAGAAAAACCUGGUACCUAUCUGCUUCACACGGCCUGGUCGGAUAGGCAAGUCAACGGGUCACCUUUUAAGGUCAAUAUCGCAGGAGAAUCUCAUGCCAACCGUGUGAAGGCUUCCGGAGCAGCACUGGGAAUGCUGGUUGCAAAUAACACCUCAAGACUUGUCAUUGAUGGUCGUGAAGCAGGAGCUGGAGACUGGUCACAAGGUGAUUUGACAGCGCGGUGCAUGGGUCCUAGUCAGAUGGCAGAGGUACAUAUUGGUGAUAACCAAGACAACACAUUCUCACUCCUCAUCACUCCAAAGGAACAAGGAAAGCACAUCUUAGAGGUCAAAUAUGGUUCAGAUCAUAUCCAAGGGAGCCCUUUUGUUCUCAGAGUUGCUGGUGCCCCUGAUGCCAGUCAGGUGGUCUGUCACGGGUUUGGACUAGAGCAUGGCAUCCUCAGCAAGUUCAGAGGGAGAUUUGUUUGUGAGACGAAAGGAGCGGGGGCAGGUCAACUCAAGGUCAGGGUUCAUGGCCCCAAAGGUGCAUUCCGCGUUGAAAUGAAACGCAACGACACGCGCGAUCGUACGAUUGACGUCCUCUACAACCCAGUCGAGGUCGGGGAUUACACCAUCCACGUGAAAUGGUCAGACAAGCACGUUCCGGGAAGUCCGUUCCUCGUGAAGAUUGUCGACAACGAAGAGCAGCUGCGAGAGGUCCAAGAAAAGUUCCCGACAUACUCGACCAGAGCACGCUACGGAGGACGUGAAAACGGCUGGGCGGAAGACAUUUAAAAUCUACUAAAUAUUCCUAAAAGGGAGCUGUUUCACAAGGGGUUAAAAGUGACUUCAAGUCAUGCCUAAUUCUUCAGUUACACCAAUAAACCAACUCUAAACCGACUAAUGUCGUGCCAUUGGUAAAUAGCAUAAUGGAUUUCGGUGGUCUGGAUCCCGUUUUAUAAAGUCUUUUUAUUAAUAGCCAAAUUGCAUAAUUUCUGUAACACGCUUACUAUCAGCCAAUCACAUUGAAGGAUUUCAGUAGCUUUAAACUGAUAGUGUAAAUUUGUCAUUGUAUCAAGUUUGAUGAAACGGGCACCUGGAAUGGAUUGUGCAGGUGUGCCUGUAGCGUAUGUAGCAACAUGCAUGUGAUAUACUAGUCUACAAGCACAGACACAAAUUUGACACUUUAACCAAGGUCUAGAGUGAAGACUAGACUCUGAACUAUCUGUCUGCCUGGGUACAGCUAGCUACAGUACAUAAUGAAUCUAGUCUCCCCUCUUCAGACUUUGCAUUGUGCACUAUGUGAAUUGCGAAAACCAAGGGUCUGUGCUCUCAGACUAGUGGUGCAUGUAUGUAACACUUGCUGUCAUUAAUGAAUAUGCUG